AUCCUCAGGAACCAAAGCAGGUCACGUCUGGGCUCCGGAAGGAUCGACGGCUUUCAAGUGUCUAAUCUCAGCCAGGUUCUGCGCAGCUCUGCUAAGUAACAUCUCGGACUGCGAUGAAACCUUUAACUACUGGGAACCUUUUCUUUUGUAGAUGCACUACCUCGUUUAUGGCAAAGGAUUCCAGACGUGGGAAUAUUCUCCGGUUUAUGCCAUUCGCUCCUAUGCGUACCUGUGGCUCCAUGCUCUGCCGGCCCUCUUCCAUGCUAGAGUUCUCCAAACAAACAAGGUCCUCAUCUUCUACUUCCUGCGCUGCCUUUUGGCUUUCCUGAGUUGCGUUUGCGAGCUUUAUUUUUACAAGGCAGUGUGCAAGAAGUUUGGCCUUCACGUGAGCAGGCUUAUGCUGGCUUUCUUGAUACUUAGCAGCGGGAUGUUCUGCUCAGCCUCAGCCUUCCUUCCCAGCAGCUUCUGCAUGUACUGUACCAUCGUAGCCAUGACAGGCUGGUACACGGACCGAACAUCUUUGGCAGUCCUGGGUGUGGCCGCCGGAGCCAUUGUGGGUUGGCCAUUCAGCGCAGCACUGGGCCUCCCAAUUGCCUUCGACUUGCUGGUCCUGAAAAGACGGUGGAAGAGUUUCCUGCAGUGGUCUUUGGUGUCUCUACUGGUGUUUCUGGUGCCCAUGGUGGCCAUCGAUAGCUACCACUAUGGGAAGCUGGUGGUAGCUCCUCUGAACAUCGUCUUGUAUAACAUCUUCACCCCACACGGGCCAGACCUUUACGGCACGGAGCCCUGGUCCUUCUACUUCAUCAACGGCUUCCUGAACUUCAACGUGGCCUUCGUCCUCGCCUUGCUGGCUUUGCCCUUGACCUGCCUGAUGGAGAGCCUCCUGCAGAAGUUUCGCGUCCAAAACCUGGGCCGCCCGUACUGGCUGACGCUUUCUCCCAUGUACGUCUGGAUCCUGAUUUUCUUCAGCCAGCCCCACAAAGAGGAGAGGUUCCUGUACCCCAUCUACCCCCUGAUUUGUCUCUGCGGAGCGGUGGGGCUCUCGGCCCUCCAGAAAUGUUAUCACUUCAUCUUCCAACGGUACCGUCUGGAGCAUUACACCGUCUCUUCCAACUGGCUGGCGUUGGGCACCGUCCUGGUCUUCGGCCUGCUCUCCUUCUCCCGCUCAGUGGCUUUAUUCAGAGGUUACCACGGGCCUCUGGACCUUUACCCAGAGUUCCACAGGAUUGCCACGGAUCCCACAAUCCACACCGUGCCCGAAGGCAGGCCAGUCCACAUCUGUGUUGGGAAGGAGUGGUACCGGUUUCCCAGCAGCUUCGUCCUCCCGGAGAACUGGCAGCUUCAGUUCAUUGCCUCCGAAUUCCGGGGCCAGUUGCCCAAACCGUUUGCCAAGGGCCCGGGGGCCACCCGCCUCGUUCCCACGGACAUGAACGAUCAAAACCAAGAAGAACCUUCCAGAUACUUCGACAUCUCCAAAUGCCACUACCUGGUGGAUCUCGACAGCCCCGACGAAGCUCCCCGGGAGCCCAGAUACGCGGCUAACAAGGAAGAAUGGAUCACGAUCGCUUACAAGCCUUUCCUGGAUAGUGUGAGAUCUUCAAGGUUUUUCCGGGCUUUCUACAUUCCUUUCCUCUCCGACCAACACACGAAAUAUAUGAACUACACCAUCUUGAAACCUCGGCGGGCGAAACUCGGCCGGAAGAAAUCGGGAGCCUAAAAGGGCCGGAGAAAGAUUCCCAGCUUCCUCUUUGAAUUUUUGUGAUCCUCUUCCCCAGUUUUGCAAGUUCUAGUCUAAGAGAGCUUGGAAAGAGAUUAAAAAAAAAAAAGAAAAAGAAAAAAGAAAGAAAGAACAAAAAACUUGCUGUGUUUGUGACGGUUUUCUCAUUUUUCGACCGGCCGUUCAGCAAGACGCGGAAGAGAUCAAGACGGUUCUUUUUCAAAAGAAAAAAACUCCCGGGAUAAAUAUUUACAAUAUUGUUCUUAAUUGUGGCUAAAGGAAGCCAAAAGAGCACACUGGAUUCCUGGCUGCAGAGCAGGGCUGGGCUGGACAGGGCUGCGGUGGGGCUGGGGCCAUUUCCAAACACCCCACAACCCCCACCCCACCCCCCCCCCCCCCCCCGCCUAUCUAUUUGCCCCGGAGCAUCUGAUGUUUUGAGAGGCCUCGUCAGGUCACCCCCUUUAAAUGUCUGCAAAAAAAAGACCGAGCCUGAGCCGAAAUAAUUUGCACUUUCGAAAAUUCAAGCGAAACCCGACUCGUGGGAGGGGAAUUCGGUUUUUUUCAAAAGCGCCGCCGUCUUUUUUUUGCCUGCUCUUUUCUCCCCAAAACACCUUUUUAAAGGAUUUUUCCUUCGGAGACUCUUCGACGGGUUCUGGAUUCGUCAAGAAAACAUCUGGCUGGAUUGUGUUUCUGGAUCUGGGGAGAGGGGGGGCAUCCAAUGUUGAUUGUGUGUCCCGUCCCCGACACUGUUGGCUGUGAAAUACCAUUUCGUUCCAUCCCACCCGAUCCGGGAGUCUGUAAAACUUCAAUGUUGAAUUAAAAAAAAAAAAUUGG